AUGUCCGGCUCGAUGGUGAGCCGCCUGCCGGGCGGUCCCAAGACCGUCGUGGCGUUUCUCGCAAUCCUGUUUGCCUACACGGUGCAAACAGAGUCUACGCAACAUAUACAGCACGCACUGCGCUACGAGAAGCCGCUGCUUCUUCUGUAUGUGACACACAGCAGCUUUACCUUUUUGCUUCCGAUCCAGUUGUUGGUCCUGCGCGUGACGACCGGCCGGCCGAUCUCGCACUUCCUCGGCCUGCUGAAGCGCGACGUGCAGAAGCAGCUCGACCAUGUACGCUCGAAAGUGGGCCUCGGGCCCGCGCAUACCUCUGUGUCGUUCUUCUUGACGCUCCUCUCGAUCCUCGUCCUGAUCAUGCUCGGGAUCACCAUCCCGGCCGUGAGCUGGUUCGUGGCGCUUCCCCUGACGAGCAUGGCGAACGUCACCUCGAUCUACAACACCUUUAGCAUUUGGGCCUUGGUGUUUUCGGUCAUUUUCCUCAACGAGGAAUGGAACUAUCUCCAAGCCUUUGCGGUGCUCCUCGGCGUCGUCGGCGUGGGUAUCGUGUCCUACGCGAGCACGCAGCCAGUCACGAUCGCGGCGCAGACCAUCAAGCCGAUCGUAUCGCGUGCGAUGCUCGGCAAUUCGCUGGCGCUGCUCGGCGCCAUCUGGAUGGCCGCGUACGAGGUCCUGUACAAACUGAUUGCCACCGUGCCGGACGAAAAUCACGCCGGCUUCCGGCCGCUCGCGUCGUCGCCCGAGCACGCGGACGAGCACGCAACGCACCAUAACGAGGACCACGAAGAGGCGGCGCCGACCGAAGAGCCGCUACCGUUUGGUAUGCACGCAAUGGCAAUGACGUCGGGCAUUGGUCUCACAACAUUUGUGCUCCUGUGGGCCAUGCUGCUUGUCGCGCACUUGGUCGACUUUGAGCCGCUCGCGCUCCCGCCAAAUGGCGAGACGCUCGGCUGGAUCGUCAUGGGCGCAAGCUGCGGCAUGAUCUUUAACGGGUGCUUCUCGAUCCUCCUCUCGCUCUGGGGGCCAGUGCUGGCGAGCAUGUCGUGCCUGCUGACGACCGUCAUUGUGCAGCUGACCGACCUCGUGUUAGGCGUGCCUUUGAGCUUUGUGUGCUUGCUGCCUUGGGAAAAUAAAGGAUAG